CCUUCCUCCUCAGGAUCAAUUCAAGGGGUGAAGAGGAGGGCAGGCAACGAUACCUAGUGGCUAUAGGAAGGCCUGUCUGCAGGGGGGUGCCCCUCUGGUUCUCUGAAGGAAAGCAACAUGGAAAUGAAAAGGUUAAGCAUCUCCCUGGUUCUGGUUUUGUUUCUCAUCCUGGCCUUGCAAAUCUUAUCUGCUGUCGACUUUGACCCAUAUCGAAUCCUGGGAGUCAGCAAGUUGGCCAGCCAGGCAGACAUUAAAAAAGCAUAUAAAAAGCUUGCCCGGGAAUGGCAUCCUGAUAAAAACAAGGACCCUGGAGCGCAAGAUAAGUUCAUACAAAUUAGCAAGGCCUAUGAGCUCCUUUCCAACGAGGAGAAGAGAUUAAAUUUCGACCGCUACGGUGACGUGGGGGAGAACCAGGGCUACCCCCAGCAGCAGCAGCACCAGCAGCGCCAGUUCCACCACUUCCACGAAAGUUUCUAUUUCGACGAAUCCUUUUUCCAUUUCCCCUUCAACUCGGACCGCCGGGACUCCUCGGACGAGAAGUACCUGCUGCACUUCUCGCACUACGUCAACGAGAUCGUGCCCGACAGCUUCAGGAAGCCCUACCUCAUCAAAAUCACAUCCGACUGGUGCUUCAGCUGCAUUCACAUUGAGCCUGUCUGGAAGGAGGUGGUGCAUGAGUUGGAAGCGCUCGGAGUGGGAAUUGGCGUCAUUCAUGCUGGCUAUGAAAGGCGCCUGGCACACCACCUAGGAGCCCACAGCACCCCCUCAAUCCUGGGACUCAUCAAUGGGAGGAUAACCUUUUUCCACAAUGCGGUCGUGCGGGAGAAUCUGUGCCAGUUUGUAGAGAAUCUUCUUCCUGGGAACCUUGUGGAGAAGAUUACAGAUAAAAACUACAUCAGAUUCCUGUCAAACUGGAAGAAAGAGAACAAGCCACACGUGCUUCUGUUUGACCACAUGCCUCUUGUUCCACUGUUGUAUAAGCUGACUGCCUUUGCGUACAGGGACUACUUGUCCUUUGGAUACGUGUAUGUUGGUCUCCGAGGGACCGAAGAGCUGUCCAGCCAGUACAACAUCAACGUCUACACGCCCACCAUGAUGGUCUUCAAGGAACAGAUUGACAAACCUGCCGAUGUCGUCCAGGCCCGGAGUAUGAAGAAGCAGCUGAUUGAUGAUUUCCUUUCCCAGAACAAGUUCCUGAUGGCGUCUCGGCUCACCAGCCAGAAGCUGUUCGAAGAGCUGUGUCCGGUGAAAAAAUCACACCGGCAGCGCAAGUACUGUGUGGUCCUGAUUACUGGCGAGGUUGACAAGUUUGCGGCGAGCUACGAAGCAUUUCUGGCCUUUGCCACGGCGAACACCAAAGACACCCUGAGGUUCGUCCAUAUCUAUUGGAACAGCCAGCAGGAGUUUGUCCAGAGCUUACUACCAGAUGACGACAGGUCCUGGGGGAAGUCUGCUGUGGUCAUCUUGGAGAGGCGCAACAACGCUGGCCGGGUGGUCUAUAAAGCUCUGGACAAUUCCUGGAGUGGCAGCAAAGAAGACAACUUCAUCCUUCUGGAUAUGUUGGACCAGUUAAGGACAAACCCUGGAUUUCUCUCUUCCGAUACCGUCCUGGCAGACUUGAAUGACGAGCUUGCUCCUGUUUUCUUUCUCCGCUGGAUCUAUUCUGCCUUUGACUAUCUCUCGGAAAGCUGGGACGGCUUCUUCCAUAGCAACUGGCGGGAAAUGAUGCCCCUCUUAUCUCUGAUCUUCUCAGCGCUCUUCAUUCUUUUUGGGACGGUUAUUAUUCAAGCUUUCAGUGACACGGGCGAUGAGAGAGAUUCGCCCCCUCCCAAGAAAGACGAACCCCCUUCAAAGAGCGAGAGGAACGACACAGGCUUCACCAAAGACAACAGGAUUCCCAAGAAGGGGUUUGUGGAGGUGACGGAACUAACAGAUAUCACCUACAUGAGCAACUUGGUGCGCCUGAGGCCGGGGCACAUGAACGUGGUGCUGAUCCUUUCGAACGCCACAAAGACGUCUUUGCUUCAGAAGUUUGCCCUGGAGGUCUACACCUUCACCGGGAGCAGCUGCAUCCACUUUUCUUUUCUCAGCCUGGACAAGCACCGGGAAUGGCUGGAGUACGUGCUGGAGUUUGCGCAAGAUGCUGCACCAAUCCCCAAUCAGUACGAUAAACAUUUUCUAGAACGUGACUACACGGGCUACGUCCUGGCCCUGAACGGCCACAAAAAGUACUUCUGCCUCUUCAAGCCUCGCAAAACCUCGGAAGAGGACGCAAACGCCCACGGGCACUGUGAUGAUUCUGACCUGGCAGAAGGCCGGGGAAAAUCCUCCUCUUACAGUAGCCGGCCUGGCUCGGUCAAAAGCAAACUUGACAGGCUAUCCUUAUGGAUGGAGAGACUCCUAGAAGGUUCCUUACAGCGGUUUUAUAUCCCAUCGUGGCCUGCGCUAGACUGAAAAUAAAAAGGGGGUUGGAGAAAAGGAUCUUAUCACUGCUUGCAGACUCUGACAGAGGACAACCGUAACCAUCUUGUUUUCUGGGAAUUUGCAUUGUGUCGACUAGACGGUAGCUUUUUAGAGAAGACUCUCCUAGGCCCAGUGAAUUAGAAGCCUCUUUCCCCAUGUCUUUUUGACCUAGGAGCGAUGGAAAUUAAAAAAAAAUGCACUGACUUCCACGCUGGUACCAAAUGGUUCUAACAUUUGGGAGCUACAUAACCGAAGACAGACAGUAGCCAGUGACAGACCCUCUUUCCCGCAUUCCCAGCCUGCUUCGGUUCCACCUCUGGGGUUUUCUCCACUGUUGGCGGAAACUUCUGGCUUAGCUGCUAUGGGAGCUCCUUCUGUGUACUGAUUUUUUUAAAAAAAUCAUUUGGUUUUUGUGUUUUUACUUAAGUGAGCCUUGUUUAAAAGCAGGUUGGGCUGCGGGGUCCUGCUCUUCCCGUGCUUAGGCUGCGAUGCAUCUUACAGGGCCUGUUCUGCAGAGAGCGCUCUGCAUCUUGUAUCAAGAGUUCUUACCUUGUGGUUUCCCACCUUCCCCCCUAGGUGGUAAGUGAUUUGGAAUGUGUUUGGGGGUAUCUCCCUUUUGUACCAAAAGGUAGCAAGAUUGGGAAAGGGGGGGGUUGGCUGAUGCAUGCCCUUCUGGCCCCCUGUGCAAUAAAUCCCACAUAUGGAAUUCACCAGCUAAGCCAUCAGCAGGGAGGGAAAUGCAGGAAGGUCACCCCAGGUGUGAAUACCCUUUUUGACCAUGAGCCAUUUCAAGCGUACAUUCUGAGGCCUUCCUGGGUGCUCUCUGCGUCUCACUUUAUUUUUAAGAAUGUACAGCCAUAACCCUAAAACCCGGUCUUUAGAUUGCAAGAUAUCGCCUGGUUUGAGCCCAACAGGUGGAAGAAAAACAUAAAAUCCCUUAAUGCAACUAGCUCUCCUGGCACCAUUUUCAGAACAGCAACGGUUCAUCUCUAGGGCAGUAAUUCAACCCCCCUUCUCUUGAUUUCAAGGGACUUUAGAAAGCCUGUCGUCUCUCUCUACAGUUUGACCAGUAAGGUUUAACCAGCUUUCAAAAGUUUUCUGUGAAGUUUUUCUGCCCUCAGCUUGUUUAGUUUCAGCUGCUUUGGUCUAGAUGCGGAUAUUUGUUUGAACUGAAUGGUAAGAUGGUAUCUCUACUGUACGCUUUCCAAAAGAAAUCACACCAUUCGGUAUACUUCAAAAACCAGUCUCUCAGCCAAUUUUGGAUUGAGAAACAAGCGUGUCUAUUUCUCAGCUGCUGGACUGCCCUGAAAUCCCUCCCAUAUAAGAUAAGAGAUGAAAUAUGGCCCUGUUCUUGUUGUGUAAGAUCAGCAAAUACAGGAUGUUUUGUUUUUAAUGUAGGAGCCACUGAAGCACUCCCCUCCUGUGGCUUGGAUUGGUUCAGCCUAGAACUCUGCACCUUCAUUCUUUGCAAGUAGAUAGGCUUUCAGCCCUGGACUAAUCCACCUGUGCAGUGGGGAGGGGGAAUAAGUUUGGGAAAGUGGACUAUGUGGGCGUAGGAUAGCAUUUCUGAAUGUCGUUUGCAUGUGAAAUAAUUCCCACUGCAAUGCUAGUUCUUACUGUAACUAGCAGAGUAUUUUUUUUAACUUAAAGCCAGUUCUCUGUCUGAAGACCAGAAUUCUAUGUCCUCAUUUUCUCACAGGUGUAAACCAGAUUUGGCAGGUACUGGGGCGGGGCUUUCCAGUUCCCUAUAUUUUGUGAAAUAGUAAUGUGCAAUUCUUAACAAUUAUGCAGUUAUACUUGAAGAGGCAUGGCGGUAUCUGCCACAUCUGUCAAGUUGGUUAUACAUCUGCCGCCGCCACCCCCCCUCCCCCCCGGGUCCCUUGUUAAGGAUGUAACUGCUGCCCAGUUAUCAAGGUGAUAGAAAAACCUUGCUUUUUAUUGCAGGGUCAGGCUGUUUUCUCAGCACACAUGCCCCUGGUGUGGACAUAUAGCUGUAAAGUUCUUUCUGGUGGUUUUUAUUAAACUGCUCUGGAGCAGCCUCUGCAGCAGCCGAUACCCUUGUAAACAGGUUAGGCCAGUUCUGUUCAACAGCCAAACUGGAGAGCAAGAAGAUACAGUUCAGGAAAGAAAGAGAUGCUUUGAAGCAUCAGUCUGUGAGAUAGCUGAAACAGUACCCAAACAAUACCCAGCUGUUCAGGCUCUGUAAAGAUCCAAACAAACACAGCCAGAUAGGCAUCAGUGAGAAGUAAUUGAACCAGGUACUAUGAGCCAUUUGUCGUCAGGAGGGGACACUUGUAUGCCUCAUUUGUAGGAUCCUCUUCCAGCAAAGGAGCUGCAGAGGCCUUUUAGCAAAUGAUACCGCAAUAAUAAUAUAAUCUGCCAGGAUCAAAUAACAGGAAUAGCUUCCGGAUGUGUUUGGUUUUCACAGUUUUAGGUUUCCCAGGAGAGGAACCUGGAGAAUCUAAGGACAGUAGUCAAGCGAAGGAUUGUAAAAGCUCCCGAAUGCUGAAAAUCAAGACAAUCUCUGUCAGGGAUGUCUGGCAUGGAGCUAGCAUGUGACUUUGUGACCUAACCAGUGUGGGUAAGGGAACUGACUACCUGCCUGCCUUCUGCCACAGUGGCAGUUCAGUAAGAGGAGAAGCUCUUGCUUAUGCAGAGUAGGGAGAUGAAGGUCCUUGUAGCCCCAAUGCAAACAUUUCUCAUGGUGGUGUUUCUCUUCGCAUAAUGGAGCAGGCUCCUCUCUCCACUGGAUUUGCCAGAGCCUGCUUCAGGGGGACCACCUCCUGUGGGCUUCUGCCUCCCCACCCCUGCCAUUUACAGCAUAUCUCUACCCUGCCAGCAGCAGCAGCAGCUGCUACCACCAUUUGUUACUGACUCCCUACCUGAGCAGAGCUACAGUUCUGAAUCACAAUAAUCAGUGGCAGACCCUUAUGGGGUGCUGAGGCCCAAAGAACUCUGCAAAGGAAUCGGGCAUCCCGCCUUGACAAUUAAUUGCACAUCAUGUGCACAAAUUGCUCUUUCUGUUUUGGGUACAAGUGGGGGUGAUGCUAGGGAGGAAUCAGGCCCAGUUUGGAGUGCCUGAUUUGAACUCACCUGGCAAGAGAGGAAAUGGAGGCUUUCUCCCCCACCUUACAAAGCGAAGCACCAUUGCCAGGAAUUCAGGAACUCAAGCCCGCUUUUCCUUUUUUGCCAAAAGGGCUGUACCUUCUGCCAAUUUAUAGCAAAUCCGUAGAAUUAACCGAUCUCACCGCUUCGGUAAUCACAUCCCACAAGCUAAAGAACAAAGUGCUUCCGGUGUCUGCAUCCCAAACAUAUAACCCCCCCAGAAUCCGAAGUGAACCCCCUUCAAAAAGCAGAGGGGAGGAAUUGGGUUUAGCGUCUUGAUUCCAUAUGUGCCGUUUACUGUUUCAUUUGACAUAGAUGUGAUAAUCCCUGUAGCUGCCUUACAGCGUCCAUUUUGUCUUCUGUCAAACAUUGCUGGGAACUCGUCCGAAUCCGCCCAGGCAGGAUUGGUUUGAGAAGACGAAAAACAUUUUGCACUUUUGAUAACUCGAGGGAAGGGGGGAUAUAAAUAAUUUAUUGGGCAAAAUUGUCUCUUUGGGCGGGGGGGGGGGGGGCUUGUGAACAGGCACUGAUUUUUUGUGUGUUUGUUUUGCUUUCAAGACUUACAGAUUCGCAACUGAAAUAAACUAUUUUAAUGUGUGA